UAAUGUUUUCUAUUAAAGCACGCGAGUCUUGGUUUCAUAAGCGCAUCAUUACCAUUAACCGGGAUUGAACGCUUUGAAGAGGAUAUUCCGAGAUUGAACUAGUGCGUGCUGGGAAUUGCAGGGGAUAUUUUGAUCAUACAUUCUUGCAACAUGGUCUUGCCUAGGAUUUGGAAUCUGUGGGGAUAUUGUCGGAUGUUGGUUCUGUUGCUGGUUUUCUGCUAUAUUGUCAGCGCCGACGAUCAGUUCCUGUGUUGCAUGGCGGGAAUCAAGAAGGUCCGCCAUAUUUCCAUAUGCCCCGCCCCCUGUUGCCAUGGGUACGAGGAACACUCGGUUUACACUGCGAUGAUGGCCCAAAUAUCAUUCUGUAGGAAAGUUGAAGAGGACACCUCUCAAGAGUUGACACCCGCCGUGAGAGAGAAAUGGGGAGCACGGCGAUACCCCGACAAGCUGUUCCACUUCUAACACAGGACUUUCGAGGGACGUUGGCUAAGAGCUUUUCAAGCCUAACAAAUAAUAU